UUAUGGUGCCGAGUAGCACGGGUACUGCACUCGAUCCCAAGAUUUCUCGAUCUUGCGCUCAAUCUACAGCCAGACAUGCGUACCACGUGUCUUCUUGUGCGUGCCUCCCUCUCUUACGAUCACUGCGACAGUGACGGGGUGCACUGCGCCAAACUUGGCCCCCGCGUCCGUGAUAAACUCCAGCGCUUUGUAGAUGCAGAAGCCAUCCGCAUCGUACACUGUGCAGAGGACCUUGACGAUCUGGCCGUUCUCCAGCAUGGCGUCGGCAGCAUGGCCGCUCUUCAAGUAACACUGGGUGAUUUUAUCAUACUCCGAGGGGAUAUAAUCUCUGAGUCCAAUUUCCCUGCAUUCAAGCGCACUCGAGGCUGGGGACCUUCCAUGCAGCCCGCGGGCUCCGCGCAACUUACUUGACGCCGGGCUCGGCCAUCUCCUCCGGCUUCACUGCACACACACGGACAGGCCUCUUUCUCUCACGCUGACCUCUCUCUCUCUGACACUGACCGUUGUGGUGGCAGGUGCAUCCCUUUUCACCUCCCCUGCACCGGCAUCCUUGCUCCUCGCCGGGCUCGGUCACCUCCUCCGGCUUCACUGCACGAACACGGACAGGCCUCUCUCUCUCUCUCACACUGACCUCUCUCUCUCACACUGACCGUUGUGGUGGCAGCUGCAUCCUUUUUCGGUGCACUUGCAUGGCAGUUCGGGGUGUGAUACACCCUGAGAUGGAUUUUCCCUGCAUUCAACCGCACAUGAGGCUGGGAAUUUUUCAGAUCUGUGAAUAUCACUCCGCUUUGCAUGGCUUACUUGACGCCGAACUCUUCUCCUCCUCCGACGGCACAGUUCCCUCCCUCGCAGGCAUCUGCAUCACCAAACCCAAAUCCACCCAGGAAUGCAUCAGUGGUGAUGCGACGGGGGGAGGUGGGAUGUCAUUCUCUUACCUAUGCUCUUGCCCGUGGAUGGUUUGCCCGCCGUCAAUGCGCAGAGGGCAAUGAAAGGGAACGCAGAGGCGAACUUCAUCGGUGGCCGUCGGAAGGGCAGGAUCAGCG